AUGAUAACACAUUUCGAUGUAUCGAAAUUUAAAGAUGAAGCAGAAAAAGAAAAAAUGAUACAAGAGUUUGCAGAUUUUUCAGAUUUAACAAGAAGGGAUCUUGAUGAUAUCUUUCAUAUUUAUAAGAGAAAAGUUCUCGCCAUAUUUUUCUUAGAACCAUUCGCAUGUAUAUUCGGAAAUUAUCUCAAUAAAUUAAUCAAAGAUCUAUUUGAUCCUAUUCAUAAGUACCUCAUAGAUAUACAAACAAAUAUUCUUGGACUUUGGGAUCGUUACAAAGACAAAAUUCGACCAGAAUUUAAAGAAACCAGACCAUACAAAGUUGCAUUUGCUAAACAUAAUUUUAUCAGAAAGAUACCUGAUAAACCACCUUUUCAUUUCGAAAUCGAAUCAGAUUACGAUUCUCGAACUGACGAACAAAACUCAUUACUUCCCGAUGAAUUAUCAGAACCUAUCCUUAAAUAUCGAUCAGACGAUGAAAUAACCUGA